CCCGUCACCAGCGGGCAGCCCGACGCCAGUCCGUGCCCGAGCCGUACGCAGUGCACACGUCGAAUUACCGUUUUCGCAUCAACGUCCGGUGGAGACUGAGUGUGCGGGGGUUGUUUCACGAGUUAACUCUGUCACGGUGUUACCCUGCUGGUGCGUCAUGUGUCGCACGGGACAUUCCGUACGUAUCCGUUGCGUGUGUUUGUGUGUCCGCAACGGCAGCAUGACACGAUGAAGCCGGGCGACAAGUUCAAGUACUGACCAGUGCGUACAUCCGGUGAUGGACAGCUAAUGUGACUGGUGAAGGGGUGAAAAUGCCGGGGAUCGUGGUGUUCAGGAGGCGGUGGAGUGUCGGUUCCGAUGAUCUGGUCGUUCCCGGUGCGUUCCUGUUCACCGUGCAUCUUAUAUGGACUAUAAUAUUGGGUUGCGUCCUGUUCCUGAUCCACUUCGACCGGAGUGUGCAAUGUGUUCUGUUACUGUGGUGUCUCAUCCUCGUCUACUUGGUCAUCCUGAUCUUGUCCCUGGCGGUCGAGUUCGCCAUCUGUGUGGUGGCGAUGCGGGGCAGCAUCUUAGAAACAGCCCAAAGGUCCAGCAUGCAGUACAUCCUCUACCUCAGACUAACUGUGAUGUUCGUAGAAGCAGGUUGGCUCUCCGCCGGCGUAGCCUGGUUAAUAAAAUACUAUUUAGACUGUGAAAUCGACAAAGCCAAAGAGACUGUAUUAGGUAUGGUAGUUUUCAACUGGUGCAUCCUGCUGUCGGUGUUGGUAACCGUGUGGUGCACCUACGACACGGCCGGCCGUUCCUGGGUGAAGAUGAAACAGUACCAGCGCAGCAUGCGCGAAUCCGAAUCGAAGUUCCAGUACAAACGGUCGGGCAGCACGAGAAACUGGCGCCAACGCAAAGUACUGAGGGCGUACGAAGACAGCUGGCACAACAGAUGCAGGUUCCUGUUCUGCUGUUCCUCCGGCUCCGACCGCAACAGGAACUCCUUCUCGGACAUCGCGCGCAUAUUCUCCGACUACUUCCGCGACCUGGACGUGGUGCCGUCCGACGUGGUGGUGGGUCUGGUGCUGUUGCGUAAGUUCCAGAAGAUCGAACAGAAGGCGAUUGUGGAGCAGAGGAAGAACGACACGUACGAAUUUCUGUCAGGCGCCCCCAUCACGCCCCGGACCCAGUUCCUGUCGUUGCACGACGACGGUUCCGACCUGAACGAGUUCGAGAACGUGAUCCAUUACGCUUACUUCGCGGUGAGGGCGUACAACUGGCCCAUCUACUUGAUGACCAACAAGAUGGGGCUGUGCAGACUUUGCGCUGGCUUGAACUGCUGUUGCAUACCUUGCAGGAAGCAAUCGGGUUCGGGCAACGCCGAAAUUUUGGAUGACAACUGUUGCAAGUGCAACUACGCCGCCUUGAAGUUACUGACGGAAAUGGGAGAUAUUGAAAUAAUCUACGCCACUUAUCACGUAGACGUGGGCCAAACCCCGUUCUUCGUGGCCUUGGACUAUGACAAACGAAAAAUCAUCAUCAGCAUCCGUGGUACCCUCUCCAUGAAGGACGUCCUGACGGACUUAAACGCCGAAGGCGAACCCAUACCCUUGACGCAACAGAAGGACGACUGGCUGGGUCACAAGGGGAUGGUGCAGGCCGCCCAGUACAUCCUGGAGAAGCUGGACGAAGAACAACUGGUGGAACGGGCCCAAAACUACAGGCCGGAACGUGGUACCAACGAUUUCGAAAUUGUGAUCGUGGGCCACUCACUUGGUGCCGGUACUGCCAGCAUCCUGGGAAUACUUCUGAGGGAACGACACCCCACACUUCUGUGUUACUGUUACUCGCCGCCCGGUGGUCUGCUGUCGGCGCCUGCGGUCGAGUACACCAAGGAGUUUACGAUUUCGGUGGUGGUGGGGAAGGAUGUGGUACCGAGGAUCGGGCUGCACCAAAUGGAGACGCUGCGGACUGAUUUGAUCAACGCUAUCAAACGAUCGGUUGAUCCCAAGUGGAAGACUAUUACUUGUAGUAUUAUUUGCUGUGGUUGUUCACAGCCGACGUCGGCGGUUGAAAUGUCCACUGGCGAAAGGGAUGUUAGCGAAUACAUGAGAAGUAAAGAGCACGCCAGGUGUGUUGGUAUUCAUCCUUCAGAUAGUUCCAUAGCCUUAACGACUCAUCAACCUUUAUAUCCUCCUGGAAGGAUAGUGCAUGUUGUCAGGCAGCACCCCACAACAGGACAGCAAGCGUUGUCGAAGAGUGAUCCGGUCUACCAGGCCCUCUGGGCGGCCAACACCGACUUCGACGAGGUCCUCAUCUCGCCAGUGAUGAUCCAGGAUCACAUGCCGGACACGUUGCUCGACGCCUUGAACAAGGUUGUAACGACAACGGGACCGAAGAAGCCGCAACGUUCGGCUUCGACGUCGGAACCAUCGAGCCAAUAUUGGACAGCCACCACCUCCAACCCCAAUCUGUUCCUCGAAACGUCGUUUACCUCGCUCCAAAGUCCGGACAGCAACACGAGCUCGGUCACCAACGGGUACUAUUCGACCAAAUCGCAUCCCAGCAGUCUGUGCCUGACCAGUGAAUACAACAAAAGCAAACUGUUGAGCCCGAUCAGUGCUAAAAUAACGUUCGACGGCAAACGCGACUCGCCGGUGAACAACAACCAGAUCUCGAUCGUGCCAGUGCACCACAGACCUUUAACCAAGAGUUUCAGUUUGAGUUUGAAACGGACUACAAGUCCGGCUUGCAAAGUGGACUUGAUACACGACGACUGGUUCGGGCUGGCGCCCCUGGCCAGUCCGGAAAGCCUGUCGGAACUGUCCAGCAUCAGUUCCAGGGCCAGCUUGGUCACCACCAGCGUCAUCGUCGAGAUCAACACUCCUAAGGUGAUGAGGAGGACUCCCAAAAUCAUCGGCAGCCUGAGCACCUGCGCCGACGACAUCAGGAACGUGAGGAACUUCCAAAAGGCCAAAACCUUCACCCGACUGUUCAUCAACAACAACACGGAAAGUUCGUCCAGCAGCAACCUGAGCUACGAAUCAGCUUCCAGCAGUAACAGGUGCUGUUCCAACACGGACAGCCUGUGCAAAACCACUGACUCCAACUGUUGUGAGGAGGAGUGCCCGAACAGUGAUGAGUUCCAAUCAGCCGAAGACAUUCUGGACAACGUCCUGGCCAGCGCCGGUUGCAAGGAGUUCUUCAACUCGGAAUCCAACUUCUUGGAGACGCACUUCGACCUACUCCAAGAGCAAGCCUGUGAUAAUUCGCCCGUAUCCGUCUUCAAAGCCUCCUCGCCGUUCUAUCCUCCGGUCUUGUCGCCAAGUAGUCCGAAUGCCGAUCCGGAUUUAAUAUCUAACUUAGCUAUAGACAUUAGUUUAGACGAAGAACACAGAUCGAAUUAUUAUCAACAUAGCAAAACUGGCAGCAGCAUCGAUUCCGGGAGUGUUUGCAGGACCCCCUCUGAUAUCACCAAAAAUGUCACCUUCAAUCCGCAGGUGGUGACCGUGUCGACGAUCAGCUGCGACGACAUCCCACCGUCGCCGAUAAGGUGGAGGAAGCUGUUCAAGGGACGCAACAACCAAAAAAGCAAGUCGGACCCCCCUAAGCUCCCACCUCUGCCACCGCCAACUCCGACGGGCCCCAUAGUGUCGAUACUGAGCUCCAAGAACCGUCACCUGAACGAGGAGGCGGCGAAGAAGGAGGACGACACGGCCAGCGAGCAAAGUCUGCGCACCAGCGACGACACGUCGAAGUCGAGCGGCGAUCGGACUCUUGAUUGUUUCUCGCGCACCGAACAGCUGCCCCUGCUGAGCAGCCUCAACGCCACCAACAUCGACCGGACUCCAUCGCCCAGGCUGUUGCGCAGGAAGAAGUACGUCUAUCCCUCGGACAUCGUCGUCAUGGCGCACCCCAACGAGAGUUCCGUGUAGUGGUGACCGGACUUUUGUAGAGUGUAUAUUUUUUUAACAACAAACAAGUGUAUAGUAUCCAUUGUUAUUGUGUUAUGAGAGUUUGUUUGGGGCGUCGGGGCGACGGAGGCGUUCCCGUGCUGUGACACGUCUCCGUCGUUCGGUGCCCCGAUUAUUGUUAUGUAGGUGCUUUUCACCUCGUUUGGGUUUUGCUACGUUGUUACGGUGCCGACCUACGAACCUCCAAAUUCAUUAAUUCAACUCAACUAAGGUUUGGUGGCGUCAGAGGUCUUUAACCGCCCCGUUCGCAAUUGAAAUGGUUGUUCGUUCCAAAUUGUUUCGACCUUAUGUUUACGUUGUUCCUCAUGUUUUUUAACGUUGUCCUGUUUUUUAUGGUCCAAUUUUUUUCGUCAUAAACCUGCAGAAUUACGUUCCUAACCUCAAGCAACAGUCACAAGUAACCGUGACCUUAUAUGAUUAAUAAAAUUACGACUUAUUAGAAAUAAAGUUUACCAUGGAAUUAUAAUAAUAACAAAAAGUUUACUAAAAAGUCUAUUUUUAAAGUUUGAAGUAGACCUUCGGUUCCUCAACGAUUCAUAUAACUUUAACGAGGAACUUUUCUAAUUAAAAUAGAUGAAAGGAACCCCCAACAGUAUUUGGGUCUGUAAUCUAUAAAUCAAUGAGUUCAGUAGAUAUAUAAUAUAGGGUCCAACAAUUGAAUAUUUGUUUUUUUAACAUAUGAUGAACAAGAACGAUGUAAUUCAGAUGAAUAUAGUUACUUUGAUAGUUGA